AUGGCUGGGGGAGUGAUUUUGUGGAGAUCAAGACUUCAAUCCAUUGUUGCAACAUCCUCGACUGAAGUGGAAUACGUUGCCGCUGUACCUGCACGUCAGGGGGCUGUAUGGCUUCGUCGGAUGGUUGCCGAGCUCGGAUGGCCUUCAUUAUCACCUACCACUCUUUGGAUGGACAAUUUAGGUGCCAUGGUCCUCACUCAAGCUCUGAAGUCGCACCAGCAAACUCAGCAUAUUGAUCUACAAUAUCACUUUAUUCGCGAAUGCGUUAAAGAUGAACUGAUCAAGCCAGAGUGGAUUCUUUCAACGGAAAACAUGGCAGACCUGUUCACUAAAGCUCUCACUCCUGAAGUAUUUUGA